ACCCCACGAGCGCCAUGUAUGACUGUGGAGAUCUGUUCGCCCUCAGUUGCAAUUCCUCCAUUUUCAACGGCUAUCCGCCGGAAUUCGCAGCGACACUUUUUCCGGCACUGGUGCCUCCUCCUGCAACACUCGCUCCAGCCAGACUCAUAAACAACGAGUUUGACUCAGUCCGUGAGGCUUUAGCUGCAGUGAGCAGUAGCAGCAGCAGCAGCAGCAGCUGCUGCUAUGGGAGUGGGACAGCGAGUGCGGGAACGAGUUAUUACGUUCAACAACCCAACCUCGUAGAAAGGAGCAUGAGCAGCAGUCAUUCACUUCAAAAUAACGGGUUUCAUCACCACCAACCCAUAUUCUCGACGGUGGAUGAAUCUUGUCCAGAGGCUCUGGACUUGGAGACCAGCGCCAUGAGAAAGAUGUAUAGCUCCGGCGACUUGCAACAGGCAAUUUUGACGAUGCAACAGAGACAGAGUCAUCAUUCCGAGAGCCCAUUGUCGCAUGAGAACUGUUGUGGUGGCGAAGGAUCAAACAAGGCUGUUCGGUACAGUGCGGAAGAGCGAAAAGACAGAAUAGAGAGAUAUAGAAGCAAGAGAAACCAGAGGAAUUUCAAUAAGAAGAUAAAGUAUGCAUGCAGGAAGACAUUAGCAGACAGUAGACCACGCAUCAGAGGGCGGUUUGCAAGGAACGAAGAGGUAGGAGAGAGUUCCCAAACUCAUUGCUGGAGUCAAAUCAUGGGGGACGUCGAAGAUGAAGAUGAAGAUGAUGUUUGGACCAAUUUCCUUGAUGCAUUCUCCACAAAUUUGAUGCCUUAACUAAGCACACGAACCGGCUGCAAAUACCAAAUUCCAACUUUAGAUUGCUUUUUUUUGUUGCUUAUAAUAAUAAUAAUCAUUGCUAUUAUAAUAAUGUUGGAAUGUAUGCGUUAAGCCUUUAACAUUGGAUGUAAAUAUGCUUAUGUUUGGUUGUCAAAAUGACAAUCCAAUUCCAUUUCAUGCCAAUCAAUAA